UGAAUCAUACGUAGCGGCAUCUAUAUAGAGACAAGCAGAGGAAGUGUAACAUUUUGUAAAUAUGGCAACAGCCCAACCAUUACAAGACCGUGUUCAUCUGUUUCGUCUCCAAACUCUUAUUAUAGAUGGAGGCACUACAGUCAUAAGGAACAUAAUUCAUCAAAAGAGCUCCAAUGUUCCGUUUAAUGUGUUUCUUAGUCAUGAAAAGAGAGCAGUAAAAACACUGAGGGGCAAGAAUACAAUAACGAAAGCACAGUACAAUCUGCUGUAUCCACAAGGUGGUAAUCUUCCUUCUAUCACUGACAUCGACCUGACUCUUGCAACAUGCCUGCUGAGAAAUCUGAAUAGUUUCGGGCUAAACCCUAACUAUAACUGGAGUGCAACACCGCAGCAAGCUGACACUUCCGUUGAGGCAGACUUAUGUCGUCUAAGAAAUACACGAAAUGAGAUAGCGCAUAUAGCGACUACAACAGGAAUAGACCAGGCAACAUUUCAGAUCAAGUGGAAGGAAGUCGAACAGGUAAUGGACUUACAUUAUUUCUUGUAGUAAUCUCUUUGUUUCUCUUACAACUUACUGUUUUACUAACAUCACCGAAGUCUCCUUUCAGACGCCUUGCUGAUUGCUCCGGUUUGGUGUCUUUUUAAAGUGAAAGAGUCAAGGUUUUAUU